AUGAGUGUUGCAGUGUGGGAAAAUGAACUCCGACUUUUGUCGGAUUUGGUCGAUCAUCCGAGUGAAGGAACCAACGAUUGGUGGGAACUCGUCGAUGAAACCGCAAGUAGCGCUGACCCACUUUGGCAGCAAGGUCAAGAUCGAUGGUACCAACAAGACUACCUAGUCGCCAUGCAAGCCUUUCAACAGUCCCUAGUGCCACUCGAUCUGGCGUGGGAUGAGCACCAGAACCAGUUUUUGGACAACAGCGAAUCAUCUGCUGACAGCUUCAAUGAUUACCAUGAUGCGAGCGAAGCUCGAGAUCGUGCCGUGCAACUGGCACAUCGGCUGGUCUUUUGCUCAUAUUGCGAAUCGGAUGGCAACCAAGUCAAACAAGCACGAAAGCACUUGAUCAUGGGAUUGUACUUAUUGCUGUCCAAUCGAAAUAUGAGAACAAAAGCUAAUUCGAAAGAAACGACUCUGCUUAAUGAUGCUUGGAUGGAACUUAUGCUCAGCUUUGAGGAAGACCCAGCCUGUCGUAUUCUGGCGCGAGAUGUGGCGGAAAUGGCCAUCAAAAGUAGCAAAGGCAGAGGUGUAGGCAACUGUGGUUGGCAUCAUAAGAUGCAACGGCCUGGAUAUAUGGUGCCUGGUCUCAAAGGAACUCCUUACAUUUCCGGGGAGAACCAACCAGCCUGGUGCAAGACUCUGGAAGACCACUGGGAAAUCAUUCUAGAUGAAUAUGAUGAUAUUGUCAAAAGCAAAACACUGUCCGUGGUGGGAGCGGGAGAUCGUGGCUCGGGCCAAGAUGAUCACCGAGUGGUAGGUGCUGGAAGCAAGUGGACCGAAUACGUCUUGUUUGGCACUGGAUCUUCCACCGGAGAUGCGCCAGCCACCAAAGCGCUGCUCGAACAACACCUUCCAGACGCUGUCUCUCUUGCACAGGAAGGAGGAGGUGAGAUUAUCUUUAGUCGAUUGGCUCCCGGAUCCCACAUCCAAUCGCACUGUGGGCCCACCAACAUUCGUUGGACAGGUCACUUGGGUUUGAUUGUUCCUGAAUCUGCAGAGAGUUGCAAGAUUCGAGUCGGCGAUCAGUGGCAUUCCUGGCAAGAAGGAAAGAUACUUCUCUUUGACGAUUCCUUUGAACACGAAGUCCGAAAUGACUCGGAGCAGGAACGAGUUGUCUUGCUAAUACGGUUGUGGCACCCUGAUCUAAAGACUAAUCAGCGAAGUAGUGCACUAGAAGCUGCUAGGACCAAGAAGGACAAGGCUGUUGAAAAACGGUACGCUCCUCCCUUCUAG